UGUUUAGUUGGAACAAAAUACUGUAGCCACACUGAAUAAGAUUUGAAGAUCACUGUUCCAAGAUGUUUGUAUGCUGUACCAUUACAAUUUUUGUUCCAGCAUAAAUGUUGUGUAUCAGGUGAGCUCUAGAAAGUCUGUUAAGGUUUUAGUAAACAAACUCCCGACUGCCAUACCCGAAUCUAGCAGUCUUCUCAGAGUAGAGGUUAUACUGGAAAAAUAUGAUAUGGGUGUUCAGAAUGCACAUGAGUAUAAUUGACCAACUUUGGUCAUGUAGCAUAUAAUGCUGGAGGUUGAGGUUCGGUGUCAGUCUGAUGUCAAUUUCUGACCCAAACACCUGUAUGGUGGCUCAGUUUUGAGAAUAGGUACAGUUGGGAAUGAUCACCCAUGUAAACGGGUUUGUGAUAAGAAUUGGCUCUUUGCCACUGAAAUUUUCUGGCAUGGGUAAUAAAACAUCUAGAUAUAGUGUGAGAGCUAAUGUAAAUCAGAAUCUAAAUUGAUUUAAAUAUUUACAGUAGUAUGCACAGAUUUUAUUUUAAUUCAAGCUAAUUUGUAACUAUAACCAGCAUUCAUGACCUCUAGGCCAUCUUCCUUCAAAACAGUAACUGCUUGUCUUUACAUGCUGUUUUAAAAAGUAAACUAGGUAACUAUGCACAGUGAUUCCAUACCAUGUCUGUAAGAAUCUUAAAACUUAAAUGUCUUGAUUUAUUUUUCAGUUCUGUUGGCAUUGGAGUAAAUGACAAGGAAAAGAUGCAGUCUGCCAAUACAUGCUGCAGUGAAUGGGGUGUGGACAGCUGUGUGGCUGUCCGCUUCAGUGAUUUUAACUCAUUGGUCUUUUGCUGUGUAUACAGUAUAUAUUGUACACUUAUACAAAUUUCUUCAGCUCUUCAAUGUUUGCUCAGUCAGUCACUAUGAUUGAAAGUCUGUAUUUAGAUGUCUUGGCUACUAAAGAUAUUGGCUUAGUUAUCAUCAUUAUGCAUCUUUUACACAAAAUACAGGAUACAUUUAUCUUUCUUGACAAAUUCCUUAACGUCUACCCAAAAUAUGAAGGCGUUUCAUCUAUAAAUUGCUUUUAAGAUGCGCAUACCAUCAGAAACACUAAAGAAGUCUUGAACAAGAUGGUGAAUGUACAGUAUGUAUAUAAAGCAUUGCAGUAGCACAUUACAAAUCUGUUUCACAGUUAAUAGGUAACUGCUUGACCAGGUAAUGUUUGACCAGGUUGAGGCAGAAUUAAAUUAUAAGCUCAUUAUAUAUUAUUAAAAAUAUAUAAUUAUUUGCCCUGAGGCAACUCCAAAUACGAUCAGUUACCCAGCAGAGUAUCCAAAAGAAACCCCUGAUACAAAGUCAGAACAUGCGAACACCACACACACAGUAGGAAUCCUCUAACCACUGUAACCUUGCUACGUUAUUAAGGCCCACAAAAAUAUUAUGCAUAUACUUUUGCUUUUUUGUUGUUAAAAAGAGCCACAGUUGUGUUAAUGCAUAAAUAUGAUUGUACUUGUGUUUCAGGCCUUAAUUUAAGUUCACUGUUUGUUUUGAGCUGGGUUUGAGUUUGUAUGCCUUAUAUAAAACAUCCUUUAUUUAUGUUGUUAACUUUAGGGACUUUUAGGUUGAAACCCUAUGGUAGGGGAAGGGACUUUUUAUUUUGAAGGAUUACACCUAGGAGGAAGGAAGGCCUAAAAAAAUAAAAAGGAAUAAUAAAUAGGUUAUACAUAAUGGAAAUACAAACGUAUUUCUGGAGGAUUUCCUGAGUUUUGGAAUCCCUUUUCCAGAAUAUUUAUGUCCCUUUGUUGAAAUAAGUGUGGAUUUAAUUGCUGCUGAGUUUCAAGAGACGAUUGGAUUUUUCCAACACUUUUAAAGGCAACCUUGGGAUUGAUCUCUUUUUCGGAUCACUCACAUUUCUACAAGGACUGAGUCUGGAACUAAGGAUUAAUUUUUUUAACAAAAGACAGUCAGCUAAGUGAUAUAAUCUUGUAUUUUUAUUUACUAUUCUAAUAUAUGCACCCAAAUUUAAUCCUGUUGGGUGUAAUUCAGCCGUGUCUUUCUUUAUCCUCCUAUCCAGAUUUUUUCCUAUUUAGUAAAACACAGUAUUUGAGUGCCUGGACUUUAUUGUAACUGGGGGUCUAAUGGGACAGACUUGUUAUACCACUAAGCCCCCAAGCCAAGCAGAACACAGAAACUGUACAAUAUUCAAUAUGAUAUUACAAAAAUUGUAUUUCAUCAUUUUGUUAUUGUUUUCCAGGUUAUAUAUUAUAUAUAUUUCAGAAAAGGAUGCAUUGUUACCAUUACACACUUUGGAUCCAUAUUAUUAUAAUACAUAAUGUCACACAAACAGUAAACACAAUUUUUCCACCUGAAAAAACUGGACGAGAAAGAAGCAUUUAUUUUCAGGCAAUCCUUGAGGCCUUAUAACAAUUUUUUGAAGCAUUUCACAUCGAGGAUGGCAAACCGAUCAGCUGUGAAAUUGAACUCUGGUCAGCCAGAUUUUGUGCAGUUUAAUAAUCUUGUGUGUGAAACAGCAGGAGGAAAGGUGAUUUUUGCAACAGAUGAGUGGUUUGCUCCAGCUCGAAAUCUCUUGAAGAGGGAGCCUGCAGAGUUCCUUGUCUCAGCAUUCACAGAGUUUGGGAAAUGGAUGGACGGUUGGGAAACAAGAAGGAAAAGAAUACCAGGUCAUGACUGGUGCGUUGUGCAGUUGGGAGUUCCUGGUGUCAUUCACGGCGUUGAUGUGGACACGUCGUUCUUCACAGGAAACUACACGCCUUCCAUUUCUAUUCAGGCUGCCUGUCUUGAUGGACGGUCUGCACCGUCAUUAGUUCUUGAGGGAGACCGUACAGGUAUGGCUGCUUCAGAGAGCCAGUUUGAAGCUGUGGCUCAGCUUCACUCAGAGAGCUGGGAGGAGAUUGUACCAGUGACAGUGCUGAGACCUGGCUACUCGGAUUCCUGCCACAACUUUUUCAGUGUCACCUUCCCCCAUCGAGUCACCCAUAUCCGCCUGAACAUGUAUCCUGAUGGAGGUAUUGCAAGAUUGCGAGUGUAUGGAGUUGGACAAAGAGACUGGUCCAGUGUAUCCAGUCAGGAGGAAGUGGAUCUUGUCACAUUGGUCAAUGGUGGAGUGUGUGUGGGAUACAGUGAUGCACAUUUUGGUCACCCACGCAACAUGAUCGGUUUGGGAAGAGCUGACAGCAUGGCCGAUGGGUGGGAAACAGCACGACGCCUGGAUCGUCCCAAAGUGCUGAAAAUGGACGAGAAGGGCAUCUUGCAGGUCCCUGGGUUUGAGUGGGCCAUCUUCAGACUUGGGCAUCCUGGUGUGAUCAGCAGAAUUGAGAUAGACACCAAUCAUUUUAAAGGCAAUUUUCCUGACUGGUGUAAAAUUGAGGGAUGUAGUUUAACCCCAGAGGAGGAGCAAACAUAUAUAAAGCACCAGUGGAGCAGUGAUAAAGGACCCACAUGGAAAAUGCUGCUUCUUCCUCAGAAACUAAAGCCUCACUUCAGGCACUUGUACUCUGGAGAGUGUGUGCUGCAGUGUGGGCGUGUAAGUCAUGUAAGGCUCGUAAUUGCUCCUGAUGGAGGGGUCAGCCGGCUCAGACUCUGGGGUCACAUCAUCUCCAGCAACUCUACUAAUCUUCAUCAAAUCUCAAAACUCUGACCAUUAAAAUUACAGCUCUGAUUCCACAGAACCAUUGGUGACAUGGAGAAAUGGUGGUUAUUUUUAAUGCAAGGAUUUUAUAAAUGAACACAUUAAAGCCAUGAGUUAAGUUUCUUGUAUAUUAAAAUGACCUAUUGAUUUAGACCAUUGUGACCAUAGGUACAUAAGUAGGGAGAUGAAAUAAUAUUACAUUCAUUCCUGGCUCAUAAUUAACAAGUUAAUUGUGUAUUAAUUUCUCGCAGCACAUUAACACAUGGCCUCGAGUUACAUAGUCUGUGAUCAUGUGGCUUUUAUACAUUAUCUUGUUAAUGGCACCUCAGUGGAAAUUUAGGGACAUUUUGUCACUGGAUUACCUGGAAAGAUAACUGAACUUGUAUUCACAGAUUGACUGUACAAUAAUUGCAAUACGCCAUGAAAGGAAAUAAAUGCUGCCUAGAACUAAA